AUGCCAGCGAAGCUGUUUUAUCUCCUAGGCGAACCGGCUUCAACGGCGCGGGAGAUCGAGGUGGACUCAACGCUGGAUUAUGAUGCGCUCAGGAAUCUGAUUGCUGCGCAUUUUGCGAUAGUCGACCCUAAUGGCAUUGGGUUCCAGUCUGAGGACAUCGUAUACACCAAUGUUGGCGAGCUCAUCGCUUCCGACGCUCCAGUCACCAUAACCAUCGAUGGGAACCCGGUAAAAGAGAUCCCUGGCCCGAGCGGACUCCCGAUAGUUGGAAACUUCUUCGAGGUCUACCCUGACCACCUAGGCAACCACCAACGCCUUUUUGAGCAAUACGGGCCCAUCUUCAAGACCACCUCUAUGGGACGGACGACGUACCACACCAACGACCCGGAGCUUAAUGCCAUUAUCUUCUCCGAAAGCGACUUUUUCACCAAGAAAAUCAACGCGUCUCAUCCCCUUCACGCGAUCAAGAACAGGCAAGCGGGUGUAUUUCUUGGCGACACGGACACGCCCGAAUGGAGAACCGCUCAUAAAUUCCUUCCCCCAGCGUUCGGCCCGAAGGCCGUUCGCCAUUAUGCCCCGGUAAUGCAGCAGACAGUUGAAGAUGCCUUCAAUGUAUUUGAUGAGCUUGAUGAGCAAGGUGAAGCAUGGAAUGUCUAUCAAUACAUGCUCAAGCUUGGAGCUCAGGCGGUUGGCAAACUGGUUCUGGGAAUCGACUUCCACCAUUUUUCGUCCGUCAAUGCUCAUCCGCAUGAGCUAAUUCUUCUGGUUGCUGAGUCACUCGAAUUGAACAAGAAAGUGACAGCUAGGGGUGAUUGGUAUGCCAAGCUGCCCUUCGGAGACCCCAAACGCUUGAGAGACAUCAAAGACCGGGUCUUUGCCAUAGUCGAUGAGUCCAUCAAAAAUGCCAGUCGAGGUGGUGUCGAGGACCUUCCUCUCCAGGACGCUGCGCUCAAAGCACACAACAUGAUCGAUUAUGCAAUCCGAGCGACAGAUAACAAAGGCGAGAAGCUGCCUAAAUCGAGCUUGAUCGAAGCCCUGGUGGUGGCGACUGGAGCCGGUUUCACUACGACCAGCUCCUUGCUGUCAUGGCUGAUCUAUAGUCUUGUCACCUACCCGGGUCUGCAAGAAAAACUGUUGCAAGAGCUGGUGGACAACGAUAUUGAUGCCGACACGCAAAUCACAGCCGACUUGACUGACCGUCUCACCUUCAUGGACAAAUUCAUUAAGGAGACUCAGCGCCGACACAACCCAUCAUAUCAGCCUGGACGUACCGCAAAGGUUGACAUGAUUCUGCCUGGGGGUUACAAGCUUCCCGAAGAAUCCAUCGUCAUCGGUGCUCUUCACCACCUUCACAACAACCCGAACAUCUGGGACAACCCGACGCGGUUCAACCCUGACCGGUGGGAUACUGAAGAGGUCAAAGCCCGCCACAAGGCAGCCUAUAUCCCCUUUGCUGCCGGUCCUCGCAUGUGCAUCGGAUUCAACUUUGCCCUCCAGGAAAUCAAGGUGUUUUUGCCGAAACUAGUCUAUCGAUACAAGUUCACAAAGGAAACGGAGGGGCCUGUCGAGUACGAUCCCAUGUUCCAGCUGAUCAGGCCGAACAACCUGUACGUGCGUGCUGAACGGCGGGUCAAAUGGCCGCCGAAGUCGGACAGUUUCGUGCCAACGGCCUCACUAUAGAUCGACGGACUACACUCCUAGACGGCGAUCUGGGCCUAGGGUGGUGUGCUUCUGUGUGAACUCU